AUGGAUAGGAAGGGUUUUGUUGCUGUUGAAGUCGGGCAGUUUGCCGUGUCGAUCACUGGACCUGGAACAGAGCCUCAGAUCAGAGCUUCAAUUGUCGAGACGAGCAUGCUUCCGUUAGACUUGCAGAGAAUCGAAUCCUGCCUGGUGAAGGACGGCCGUGGAAAAAGGCAAAGAGAGAAUGCAAGAAGAGAGAACGGUGGAACCACGAAGCGGUCAAUUGGAGAAUUGAAUUGUAUCGAGGGUGAAAAGUUGGUUCAGGGGCAGGCGAGGACGUGA